GGAGGCGGGCGGGGUCAGUGGUCAUCCCCUCGGUUGCUGUGCAGUGAUGGCGGCGACUACCGAAACCGUUUCCCCGGACUGGGAGUUUGAUCGCUUUGAUGACGGUUCUCAGAAAAUUCAUGCAGAGGUGCAACUGAAAAACUACGGGAAGUUCCUGGAGGAAUACACAUCACAGCUUAGAAGAAUAGAGAACGCACUGGAUGAUUCUAUCGGGGACGUGUGGGACUUCAGCCUGGAUCCGGUAGCACUAAAGCUUGUGCCCUAUGAACAGUCUUCUCUUCUGGAAUUCAUCAAAACAGAAAAUAAGGUUUUAAAUAAAGUCAUAACUGUGUACGCCGCUUUGUGCUGUGAAAUUAAGAAACUAAAGUAUGAGGCAGAAACAAAAUUCUAUAAUGGACUUUUAUUCUAUGGGGAAGGAGCUCCAGAAUCAAGUAUUGUGGAGGGCGAUUCCCAAAUACAAAUGGGAAGGUUUGUCUCAUUCCUACAGGAGCUGGCCUGUUUUGUUACUAGGUGCUAUGAGGUGGUGAUGAAUGUUGUACAUCAGUUGGCUGCCCUGUAUACUAGCAACAGGAAUGAAUCCAAGAUCAUGGAGACUUCUGGUGUUCAUUUCCUGACAAUGUAUGAGCACCUGGGUGAGCUGCUUACUGUUCUGUUAACCUUGGAUGAAAUCAUUGAAAACCACGCCAUUGAAGGAUCACUGACGAUGUAUAAAAGGUUAUUAAAGUCGGUGCAUCAUAACCCAGGAAAGUUUGGGAUUCAAGAAGACAAACUAAAACCCUUUGAAAAGCUGCUUUUAAAACUUGAAAGCCAGUUACUUGACGGCAUGCUGUUCCAGGCUUGUGUUGAACAGCAGUUUGACUCCACAAAUGGUGUAAGUGUCUCAAAGAACGGGACUUUUGCUGAAGAUUUUGCACAUAAUAUUCGAGCAAUAUUUUCGAAUGUAGAAUCAAAACUUGGAGAAGCCUCUGAAAUUGAUCAGCGGGAGAGAUAUGUGGGACUGUGUGGACUGUUUGUCCUUUACUUCCACAUCUUUCGCACAGUGGACAAGAAAUUUUAUAAACUCUCCUUAGAUGUGUGUAAGAAGGUACCAGCAAUCACAUUAACAGCCAAUGUAAUUUGGUAUGCCGACAAUUUUCUAAUCCAAAAGGUUCCGGCUGCUGCCAAGUUAAUAGACCGAAAGAGUAUACAUUCCAUUAAGAGUCAGAGGGAAAGCUACCUUCAAACCAAGGCUCAGUCUCUAACCAAAGACGUCCAGUCAUACUAUGUUAUUGUAUGUUCCUGGAUGAUGAAAAUGGAUUCCAUAUUGUCAAAAGAGCAAAAAACUGAAAAGUUUGCAGACGAUCUGACCAACAGAUGUAACAUAUUUGUACAGGGGUUUCUUUAUGCCUGUGGCCUUAGCAACAUCAUCAAAACGACCAUGAACCUGUAUAUGUCUAUGCAGAAACCUAUGACAAAGACAUCAGUGAAAGCAUUGUGCAGACUGGUAGAGCUUCUCAAGGCUAUAGAGCACACUUUCCAUAGAAGAAGUACGAUUGUUGCGGAUUCUGUUUGUCACAUCGCCCAACACCUUCAGUAUCAAGCACUUGCUGCCAUCGCUGUUGCAAAGAAGAGAGUCAUUUCCGACAAGAAAUACAGCGAGCAGCGUCUGGAUGUCCUCUCUGCCCUGGUCUUAGCUGAGAACACCUUGAAUGGUCCUAGCACAAGGCAGAGGAGGCUCGUCAUUGCCCUAGCGCUGAGUGUGGGCACACAGAUGAAAACCUUUAAGGAUGAGGAACUUUUACCACUUCAGCUGGUUAUGAAGAAGCUGGAUCUCAUAAGUGAACUGAGAGAACGAGUCCGAGCACAGUGUGACUGCUGUUUCCUCUACUGGCAUAGAGCAGUGUUCCCCAUUUAUUUAGAUGAUGUGUAUGAAAAUGCAGUAGAUGCGUCCAGGUUACAUUAUAUGUUCAGUGCAUUGUGGAGCUGCGUUCCUGCAAUGAUGCAUGCUAGACACUUGGAGUCUCAUGAUAUGUUAUUGAAGUGCUAUGACAAGGAAAUUAUGGAAGUUUUAACGGAGCACCUGUUAGACAAGCUGUGUAAAGAAAUUGAGAAGGACCUCCGUCUGUCUGUUCACACUCACCUUCAGUUGGAUGAAAGAAAUCCAUUUAAAACUGGUGUGAAGGACUUGGCACAUUUCUUUUCUCUGGCACCCAUCCGCUUCUUUGACCGAUUUAUUGAUAUCAAAGUCUAUGUGACACACUAUCUGGAUAAAACUUUCUAUAAUUUGACAACUGUAGCUCUCCAUGACUGGGCUACAUAUAGCGAGAUGCGGAAUUUGGCCACCCAACGUUAUGGCUUAACGAUGACUGAACCUCAUUUACCAAGCCAGACGUUAGAGCAGGGUUUGGAUGUUUUGGAGAUCAUGAGGAACAUUCAUGUGUUUGUAUCCCGCUACCUGUACAACCUCAAUAAUCAGAUAUUUGUAGAGCGGACCAGUAACAAUAAGCACUUGAACACCAUCAACAUCCGUCACAUCGCUAACUCUAUUCGAACCCAUGGCACUGGGAUUAUGAGUACAACGGUAAAUUUCACAUACCAGUUUCUGCGUAAGAAGUUUUAUAUAUUUAGCCAGUUUAUGUAUGAUGAGCACAUAAAGUCCAGAUUGAUCAAGGAUAUUCGCUAUUUCAGAGAAGUUAAGGACCAAACUGAUCAGAAGUGUCCUUUUGAGAGGGCAGAAAAGUUUAAUCGUGGAAUCCGUAAACUUGGCCUCACUCCCGAAGGACAGAGCUACCUGGACCAGUUCAGGCAACUCAUCAGCCAGAUUGGGAAUGCGAUGGGCUACGUGAGGAUGAUCCGGUCUGGUGGCCUUCACUGCUGCAGUAAUGCAAUCAGAUUUGUACCAGAUUUAGAAGACAUAGUCAAUUUUGAAGAACUGGUGAAAGAGGAGGGUUUGUCUGAAGAAACCCAGAAGGCUGCAAGACAGCUAGAUUUCGUGCUUAGUGACCUAACAAGAAAUUCAGCAGAAGGCACUGAAUACUUCAAAAUGUUGGUGGAUGUAUUUGCUCCUGAAUUUCGCAGUAUAAAGAAUAUUCACCUCCGGAACUUUUACAUCAUCGUCCCACCUUUGACACUCAACUUUGUUGAGCAUUCUAUCAACUGCAAGGAGAAGUUAAACAAGAAAAAUAAAGUUGGUGCUGCUUUUACAGAUGAUGGGUUUGCAAUGGGUGUUGCCUAUAUCCUCAAGCUAUUGGACCAGUACCAAGAAUUUGACUCAUUGCACUGGUUCCAGUCUGUAAGAGAAAAGUAUAUGAAGGAGAAAAGAGCAGUCUCAAAGCAGCAGAACGUGCAGUCUAAUAAUCAGGAUGAGAAGCUGCUUCAGACAAUGAACCUUACACAGAAGAGACUAGACAUCUAUCUGCAGGAAUUUGAAUUCCUUUACUUCUCGCUGAGCAGUGCAAGAAUCUUCUUUAGGGCAGACAAAACUGCAGCAGAAGAAAACCUGGAAAAGAAGGAAAAGGAAGAAACUUCUAAAGUAAGCAACGACCUGUCAGUCAAUUCUGCUGCGGACUCCGUCAUGAAGUGAUGUACCAGCAAGUUCCUAAAUGUCUCAUCUUUCAGCUUGGAUAGACCAUUGCUCACAAUGGAAAACUGAGGAGACUGUACACUGACAACACACAUCACGUGGUUACAGCGGGUCCCAAAUAUAUUGUUAGAACCAUGGCAGUAGAUACAUGGAAAAGAAGCACAUCUGGAUGUCUCACAUGGUGACAGCUGCUGAUGAGGAGCUAAAAGCCAUUAAAUGUAAAUGAACAUAAUACAUUUUGUGUGAUUUAACAUGAUGGAUUAUAGAUCUAACAGGAUAGCCUCUCAGGAUCCCGUGGUUUUUAGCAAGUAGCCAGGGGUUUACUACAGCAAGACUUAAACAUGACUGUGAUGAAUAUACAGGACAUGAACAUUUAUUUCCUAUUGUAUAUGAAAAUAAAAGAGCUUGCAAAUUUAUAUGAGAAGGAUGUGAGCGUGUAUAUGUGUAAAUGCACACUUUUUGUACAUCAAAUGUGUAUUGUAAAUGUCAUAUCUUCAGAUGUAAAAAUGUAUAAAAUAUAUAUAUAUAUACACAACACUUCAGCCU